GUGGAGAACCAGUACAUCCAGUACAAGCAAAAUUGCAAGAACCACAAUGUACUAAACAUGUAGAACUGCAAUUACCAGAAAAGUACAUGAUAUUACUGCAAAAAGGUGUAUCAACAGCAUCACAUAAAGGGGCCCUUUCAGCCAAAGGUGAGGCUAAAACCAUUGAACAGGCCAAAACCACUGAGCAGAUUUUACGUCUCAA